AUGGCACCAUCAUCGAGGAUUACCGACGUUUCAAAAAUCUCUUCUGAUAUUUCUACUAUUUUCAAACCAAGACCUCCAUUAAGGCAUUUCAAACCCACCGACUAUCCUGUACAUAGAAGAAGAACGAAUCCCAAUAUUACUGGUAUAUCAAAAUAUAUUAAUAGCCAUCUAUUAAGUUACGUAAAGGAAUACUCAACUACUACAACUACCAAUUCGGAAGUGACUGAAAAUAAUGAGGUUGUUCUUGGGAAUAAAAUUGCUCAAGAGAAUAAGGAAGCAUUAGAUAAAUGGAAUCCACACGAAGACCCAAACAUAAAAGAUACUGAUCCAUAUAGGACUAUUUUUGUCGGGAGGUUACCAUAUGAUAUUGAUGAACUUCAAUUACAAAAACAUUUUUUGAAAUUUGGACAGAUUGAAAAAAUAAGAAUUGUGCGAGAUAAAUUUAAUAAUAAUAAAUCAAAAGGGUAUGGAUUUAUAGUUUUUCAUGACCCCAUAAGUAGUAAGAUGGCUUGUAAGGAAAUAGGUGUACAUCGAGGAUUGGAAAUCAAUGGACGGAUAUGUAUCGUUGAUAUCGAGAGAAGUAGAACUGUUAAAUAUUUCAGACCAAGACGGUUAGGUGGCGGACUUGGUGGGAGAGGAUACAAUCAACGUGAUAUUUUUACUUCAGCAUCAUCAUUAUCGUCAGUACGUAGUCGUAAUUAUCCAGAAGUGAGGCAUAGACCUGUGGCAGGUGAAGGUCGUUAUAGAGGAUCUGGGUUUACGGAUGAAUAUCAAAAUAAAAUGCCAGGAUCUCAUGGUAGAUUUAAUCCAUCUUUUCCUCAGAGCAGCAGAUAUAAUAGUACGAUCCCACUGCCUAGUUAUGAAGAUGGAACCAGCGCUACCGAAAAAGUGACAGCAACAAUAGGUUAUAAAUCGAGAACAUCAAGAACAAAAGAAAAGGUAUCGAAAAAACCAGAGAUUCCAGAUUACUGA